AUGUGUUAUCAAGUCAUCCGAUUAUUUGAGUGCACUCACCAAAGCCCUUCGAUAGACAUUCCAUGCAAACAGCCAUCGGAAAACUGCGGUGGUAUCUUUCUGAGACAGGAGAUCGAAGAUACGAAAGGGCUAUGUGAGAGAUGCCAGGAAGCUACGGAGAUGAGAGGAUCUGGAACAGAGCCGGAAGAUGAGGGUUAUUGGUCAUGA